AUGUCGAAAAACUUAAAAACGGUUCCGGACAACGUUAUUGAAUAUCAAAAUAAAGAAUACUGGGAAGAACGUUACUCAAAGUUAGAAUCACAUGAGACCUUUGACUGGUUUAAUAAAACUUAUAAAGAAUUAAAGCCAUUAUUCGAUAUAUAUCUGCCCGAUAAAAAUGUGUCGAUAUUAAUGUUGGGAUGCGGGAAUUCCACUUUGUCGGAAGAUAUGUAUGAUGUCGGAUAUCAUCAUAUAACAAAUGUUGAUUUUUCGGAAACGGUGAUUGAAAACAUGCGAUUCAGAUGUAAAGAUAGAACUGAAAUGUCGUGGAUCGUGAUGGAUGUUCGUGAUCUCACUUUUCAGGACGAAACCUUUGAUGCGGUAAUCGAUAAAGGCGACGUUUGGAAUCCGAAACCCGAAAUAGUUGAGAACGUGAAGAAAGUAGUCGACGAAGUAGUUAGGUAA